CUAGCCAAAUACUGUAGCAGGCCGUACUCUAGUGACCUUGACGGUCGCUGCUAUUGGCUGAUGCUCUGAGAGACAGGCUGUCGCCCAUCAACCUUUGCGGGGAAAGAUGGCGGCGUCCAUGGUUCCCCGUAGGAUGUGUGGAGCCGGUGUUAUUUUCCAUUUGAAGUGCGGUGUGCGGUGCUUGAGCGUGUCUGCGGCUCGAAAUGGGAAGUUUAUACCGCCUGUCCGGGCAGAAGCGCCAGAAAUCCCAGGCUUGGAGCCGAUCACAUAUGCCGAUCGGAUGUACUAUGUCCCUGGCUUAGCACGACCUCGGAAUACUGACUGGGAUCGAGGAUGGUCUGACCCCCGCUAUUACCGGGCUCCUCCGCCUGAGCAGAUGAAGUUGUUUCGGGAGCAGCCGGCAUAUCUUUUCCACCGUAGUUGCCGUCUCCUUGGAGGAGUAAAACAGGCACUGUGGCUCACAAAGACCAAAUUAAACAAUGGUUUACCCCAGAGAAUAAUGGACAUAUGUGAGGACCCAGUUUACCAAAUCCCAAACCAUGAGGAGCUAGUGCACAAUGUAGUGGCCAAUGCUUGUUUAUGGCACCGUCCUGGGGAUCAACCAAUCAGGGAGGAAUACUGCCCAAAGUUGUUACAGGGCCUUCUGCAUUUGUGUCAGAAACAGAACAAUAAAUUUCCUGCACUUUCCCAGAGGAGUCUUGUUGAAAAUUGUCGCCUGGCAGCUUCUUGGCAUAGAGAAUCUAGCAUUUAUCAAGUACGCGGCAUUAAUGGGUUCCUGCUAAGUUCCAAAAACCCACUGAAGCCUGUAGCCUCUGAGAGUGAGAUUCAGGCCACAAAGGAGCACAGACUAGAAUCUCUGUAUCCCUUAUCACCUGCUAUUGACCUUCAGGAAGUGAAUGUGUAUGAGGAGCGGAAUGAUGCAGGUUUCAGGCCUGGGUAUCCAUUUCCCCAUCCACAUACUGUGUUUGUCAUGGACCCCUGCAGCACAAGAGCCGGAUUCCUUCCAGAUCAGUUGCGUGCCAAAAUGAUCAUGCUUGCUUAUGGCAGUGCUUUGGCUAAAGCCAGAAACCUGUUUGGGGAAGAUGCGAAGGUUUUGCCAGAACCAAUUUUGGUCCAAAGCAUUGGCACAGACGGACAACAUUUCCACUUUUUGGUAUUUCAACUAAAUACUCUGGAUCUUGUUUCUGAGGAUGGAGUUAAAAAUAUUGUCUGGAUGGAUUCUGAUCAAUCACUUUACUCCUCUGCUAGGCUUGUGGCUAAAGUCAAGAGGAAAAUUGUUGAGGUACCUGCUGGUGUCUGUGGGUUACAGCCAGAAACCUUUAAGAAGUUUUGGGCAAUGUAUCUGCAUGGAGCAAACUGAAAAGAUUUAUGGUGCUACUAGUCAAAAGAACUAAUUGAUGUCCAUAGGUGGGCAAAGGACAUCAGCAUGCAUAGCUAUGAAAAACGGUGUUUUCUGACCCUGAAACAUUUGUCCACAGACUGGUGAAGCUACAAUGUGAUGUCUGACAUUUUGUAUAAUGUAAUAGUGUAUUAUAUUGUAAGAAUAAAAUACAGUAACUUUUAUUCUCA